AUGGAGGUUGACGAAAAUCCUGAGAGAGGCAUAUCUUACCUGCAGCAAUUUUCCUGCGGAGUGGGGCAUGUGAUUAAUGAUGUCACUCGCCGCUUGUUGCAGUCAUUCCGAAUGAUUUUUCUCAUGAGAGUUGUUGGCAUUUCUGCAACCAAUGCCGGCUUGAUUACUCUCUACAGUCUUUUUGUCGGUGCAUUAAUAUUUGCUCCAGUGGCAGGUUUUUUGUGUGAUAAGGUUAAGAUUCCGGUUCUGUCACGCAGGCUUGGAAAGAAAAAAUCGUGGCAUUUGUUUGGAACUAUUGCAGCUACAAUCGGUGUUCCGCUAUUUUUCAGCCAAUGUUUAGUUUGUGGUAGUGGAACCAGCGAGUGGGUGGUGUUGUUGUAUUACUUUUCCAUCGCCACCGUAAUCUCAUUUUCCAUCAACUUCGUUGACAUAUCGCACCUGUCGAUUAUUCCGGUUUUGGCAAAGGAUCAAAGUGAGGCCGCCAAACUUACUGCUUUGAGGUUCGUGAAACCCUUUCGAUUGCUACACUUAUAUACUCGUAUCCAUGUUGGGACAAGUUGACUAUACUUUAGCUUAAUUAGCCUCAGAGUCAGAUUUUGUCAAAACAGGGGUGUUCCCUGCCCCACGUAUAGGAACUGGGGACCGAUCAGUUUAGCCACCAAAGAACUAAGUAACCAGGCCUGACAUCCGUGUACUUUUGUGACGUAGCAACAUAUACAGUGUCAAGGCAUUUGCGCUAUUACAAUUUUUUUACAACCUGGCUCUUAGCCAAAUAAAUUUAGGUGAGUUGCAGAGCCCUCGUCACGAUUGUACUUGGUACUUAAAAUGGUUUGGGUAAAUGAACCGAUAGAGAAGCCUUGACUGUGCUCUGUUCUUUUGUAAAGCACGCAGGAAGCGACUAGAGCACGAAAGAAGUGAGAAACACAAGACAUAGCUCAAACCACUUCCUGAGCGCUUUAAAACAAAAUAGAGCACAGUCAAGGCUUCUCUAUUUGUUUAUAAUAAAGAGUCCGUUAAAUUCCCAAAGCAAACUCCCAAGCAUUACUUUCAAUUUUCAAAACAAACUUUAUUUCCAAAGCGAACAAUAGUGUUAUCAGCAUGCUCUAUACCCUCAUAAAGCACGCUACAAUAAGCCAAUCAGAAUCCCUGUUAGAAUGGCUUAAAUAAUCUGAUUAGCUGUGCAAGACUAAAGCUGUCAAAAGUGUCAAACCAUCAAAGUUAAAACACCAUCAAAGUUCACAUUCUGCAAUAGUUUACAAACUUAAAUAGUUCGGCAGGUCUAAUUUAACACUUUUGCCUGAAGUUUUUUAGUCUCUAAUACAGAAUCUGAAAGCGAAAUGUUCACUGAAACUCGGCCGAAUCGUGGCUCAUGAAAACACACGAGUUUUUUCACAUGACAGGUAGAAAAAAAACAGUUCAAGGCGAGUGUUUUAUGAAUGAACGACAGCCGAAUUCACCGGAACGUAGAGAUCGCUCGGGAUGAAAGCGCAUCGGAAAGGAUAUCAGAGCAAGCUCUUAUUUUUUCACUCGAAGGGCAGCCGAUGUAGUUCCUGAGGCUUGCUUCGCUUCGAUGACCGAAGAUCGCCAUGAUGAGCUAGCCGCGAUGGACCUCAGCGUGAUCGCAGUCGCUCUGACACCGGCAUGAUUAGUAUGACUUUUAACAGUUAUGCCAGUUUGGUUAUAUUUUUCAUUCUGUUGCUACUUACCAGCUCGCUUGUUCCGAAAUUUCACUUUCAAUUAACUUAAAAGAGCCAGAGAGAAGUCCCGGAAAAGGUGAAACAUAUAGUACAAUUUAGCUGAUGACGUGACAGCUUUAGCUCAGCUCUAUGCUUUAUACCCUCAUAGAGCACGCUCUUUCAACCAAUGACAGCACGUGUUAUAUCCGAACUUUAUUAUAGACAAUUAUGGUAAUGUCAAUAAUGAUAAUAAUGAUAAUAAUAAUAAUAAUAAUAAAAUUAUAGUAAUCAUAAUAAAAUUAUAGUAAUCAUAAUAACAAAUAUAAACAUAGCGAUAUUGGUUACAUGAAUCAUGCGUGACUUCCCGGUUUCGCUGGUAUGUUUGUAUUUCGGUCGUAAGUUUUCCCAAGAUCCUACUUCGGAUAAAUCCUAUGUAGGGUUCAAAUCCCGUACGGGCCUGAAUUUUUUCAGGUCCUAUUUACAACUACUCGUUUCAGUAGUGUUCUUAGCUGCGAGGAUCUCUUAAUUUCAAAUCUUAUGUAGUUUUAUGUAUUUGUCGAAGUUGAUUUCCUUUCCGAGACAGUUACACUUAAUAACUAACUAGUAAAUCCCUAGGCCGUUCUUGUCUCUACAAAGUGUAAAUAUUUUUUAAAGCUCACUUGCAGUUGACUUCUUAUCAACAGAACGGGUUUCAUGUACUCAACUGGCAUCGUUUCCUACCUUGUGGCAUGGCUAAUUCUUGGACGAGAUAGCCGUGAUCAGUUAACGAAAGAAAGCUCAAUGAAUUUUAUGGUAAUUGAUAACAUCCACAUGAUUCUAGUGCUGCCACUGACUAUUACUAUUCCACUGUUGUUUCUUUCUCUACUUACUUUCUUCCUGUAUAUCGGACACAGAGCAUCAAGGGGUAUCCGAGCUUUCAGCUUGGGGUUGAUGGGCUCAUGUCCAUUUGGAGUUAUCGCUUAAGCCUGUUUACAUGAAGGUGGGGGACCUCAGGUGAGGUAACCCGCCUGUCCAUAUGAUUUCUUAUUUCAUUUUGAUCACGUUUACAUGAUAGGUGGGGUGACCCGCCAAGGCGGGUUACCCUGUCUGCCAGGUAGGGUAGCCCUGUCAGCCGGGGUGACAAUUUGCCAUGUAAACGUGUCAAGGUGGGGUAACCCGCCUAGCCGGGGUCACGUUCAUGGCAAAAAGCUCAAAAGCUCAAAAGUAUGUUUUAAAACUUUGUACAUUUCUUAGCCGUUUCAUGGCAGAAAUCACCAGAAACCGCAACGGACAUACAAGGAGUUUGAAAUGAUCACAUUUCGGAAUAUUUAGAGUUGGUUUCCCAAACUAUUCCGUAUAACGUAUCAAGUCAAAUAAGAAAUUAUAUGGACAGGCGGGUUACCCCUCCUAGGUGGGUUACCUCACCUACCUGGGGUCCCCCACCUCCAUGUAAACAGGCCCUAAGACAACUUUAUCCUUUUUGUGUCUAUCACUGAAUUCACUUAACUGCAGUUCUGAUGUCUGCUCAUCUACAGGUGAUAACCCUGAUCUUGACAGGAGUAGGACUGAUUUGCUCUGCCAUUUUCCAUUUUGGAACCAAAGAACCUUCAGACGAUUCGGCGGAAAACAGGCGGUCUAGGUCAACUGCAGAUUAUAUGGUAAAUUUUGGGAACGUCGCGAUCAAUACAAUUGUUUAGUCUGACUCUAAAUUAUGAGAAAAACGAUUAAACGUUCAUUUGCCCACCUUAAAAAAAAGGAGAGAGAGAAGGAGCUACCUGAGUAACUACACAUUUAAUGGACAUUUGUCCAUCGUUUCCCUUUUAAUAACAUGCAAGCAAAAAUUUCGACCCGCUCAUUCGCUGAGAACACGACAAUUUAUCCCGAACAGUGCAGAAAAUUGAAAUUAAAUUGAUUUACUGGUAAGUCGCGAUAGCACAUGAAAACAAAAUGAUAGACAGGUCGAAAGAAAGUUGAAUGUUUUAAUUUAGGGUUUGAAGGAGAGUUCUAAGAAUGAAAAACCCAACGAAGCGCAAACAAUUGGCUAAGAGUGGGGAAGUCUUGGGCACCAAAAACGGUCGUAACAAAAGUAUUGAAGGCCAUAAGAAAAUUCGCGUGGAGUUUACGCGACAGUUCGUGAAAAAGAAUGACGGGGAAUGUUACAAGUGUGAUAGCCUUUGCGUACUGAUUACUGCUGUUAAAGCUAUUUUCUGAUUACUGCUAUUAAAGCGAUACCUAACUGAGAAUGCCAGCAAAUAAAAGAAAACAGAGUUAAAUUUUUGUCUUUGAAAAAUGUACGAGUGCUGAUUUAUCUAAAAUUACAUUAAAAAUCAUGUGGCUACCUAAGCUUUUCGAAGUCUUUAUUUGCAUGUAAAUGUAAACGUUGGGUAUAAUUUGAAACAAUUAUAUGAUCCUUACCAACGGAAUUUGGAAUCUUGCCACUGCAUCGGAGAAGGGAUUUUUUCACACCACAGAACUGACCCCCAUUGUUACUGUUAACCACCUUACUGAAAUCAUGAUUGCACUUUAUCAUGACUACGUCAACAGAAUUUUUGAGAGAAAAUUGCGCCGUAUUUCACUAACUAUUAUUGUCAUUUCUGAUGAUCUUUUUCAACUGAUGUACCGCAUACAUUUGUUGCAGAGAGAAACCUCCUUUAUACCAUCACCCGUUGUGUUACAGUCAUUCGUGUACUUUGACAGAUGUAAGUUCUCAUUCAUUAUUUAUAAGACCGUGUAACAACUCACUUGUUUCUUUUUUUUGUAACAAAGUUUCCUUUCAUUUUACUCCAUAAAACAUUUUCUUAAUUCCAUAGCUUUUCUGAUCUCAAUGUUUUUAUAAAUUGAUAUAUGACGCCGUUUUUGUUUUUUCAUCAACCAUAGAUCAGCAGCGAAAGGAAAACGGUCGGGGAGUAAUGGAAAAUGGACAACAAAAGUCAGAAUUGUACAACCAGGGUCACAAACUGACCUCUGGUCUUGACAAUCAAGGAUUCGAUUCAAAAGAAACACAGCUUAACCAACAUUCUCAGGAUGUUAGCCAAGAUGAGGGAAGAGCUAUGCCAUCUGUUGUUUCUGAUACUGAAUCCGCCCAACCACCAAAACGAAAGGCAGUGAGAACCUGGCUCAAAGAUCCUCAUUUGUACAAGGUAACUUAAUUUCUGGUACAAUGAAAAUUUCUUUAACACUGACUCGUUCUUUCCUGGAUAAUUUUAACUUUUGCGUGCAUGUAAUCAUAGUGCACUUGAGUACCUGCAAUGUAAUCUUCAGCUUUCACACUAAAAAAUGCCUAUUGCAGAUGAUCCAGGGAGAAACACAAACCAGGAAACACAUGAUUUUUCUCUCCACCAUUAAAUUGCGUUUGAGAGAUUAUGACACCAGCCGUGAGAAUUCAAAAGGUAGCCUAACUUCUCGAAAAUUGUCUAUAAAGGUGCUAAAAAUCCGAUUCGAGUCCCGCCAUGUUUGGCCUCUUACCUGUGACGUGAAAAAGUAUCAGUUUCCAUGUUUUCCUUUUCAUGGCGAUUUCUUUGCAUAGUUAAAAGUUCUGAAAAAAGUAAAUUUUUAAGUAAAAGAAAGUUUGGUUUUUUUUUUGCAAUAACCAAUGUAACCGCUACUUGUGAGCCGCGCGUUACAUAUUUGCGCAAGCGGCCAGGUUACUGAGCUAUUUUCAAAACGGCGGCAUCCAUAGUCUCCCACCUCGGAGGACAAAAUUUGAACAGUUAGGAUACUCUUUGGAAUCCAAAAAACGCGGUGAGUAAAACAUUUCUAUACACACCGGAUUUUCAUUAUUAUGUAGUAAAGGACAAAUUUGUUUCCGGAACAUACUUCUUCGUUAUUAUAUUGUAAAAAACUUUAGUGCAGGUAAUACAUCGUAAAUUAGGAUAUUGUCAUAAGUGAAUUUCUGGAACGGUUGGACGUGGUUAUCUACAAAUGUAGUUCACUUCUCUUAUUUUACAGGUCGCAAUUAUUUACGCUUGUACAAAGGGUUCACAGGAUGUGUUUUACGCUUACCUGCCCCUACUCCUCACUGACAAACUGAAAUUUGAAAAGGUAUGUACCAGCAAACUUUUAAGAAUUUCCCUCGUUGAUUUAUUUUUCUGGGCUUGAAAGAUACUAAACGUUAUACUCGAUUUUUCUGCAAUGGUUAAUCAACUACCUGCUUACUCGUCCAUUCUCAUUUCCUUUCUUCCUCCUUCACCGUCAAUUAGCCAACUUUACAUUAAGACGGAAGAAGAGACAGACAGGCAGAUACAAACGACAUGCAGACAGACAGGCAGACAGAGAGACCGGUAGACAGACAGAUAGACAGACAGACAGGCAGACACACGACGGACAGGCAGACAGACAGAUAGAUAGACAGACAGACAGAAGGACCAUCACUUAAUUUUUUAAACAUUUGAAAGAAUUGAGUAAAAAAUGGAGCAGUUGUAGCAAAUUACUAUUCAGAGUGGACCACGAGUUAAACAUCCCGAAUCGCUUUCCUGUUAGCGUUCAUACCCUACUAUUUAUAGCCAAGAAACUUACUCUGUCAAUGCCCCACUUACUAAGAAUAAAAAAUCACAAGGUAAGGACGACUUGAUGCUGGUUUAGGCAUUACCAAAAGAGCGAAAGAUAACCGUCAUGAUGACUGCAAACCUCCUUCAGGUUUCAGGUAGAAGUUCUACCUACGAAAAACUAGUUCCUCUUGUGAGGGAAUUAAGUUGCACGUACCCGAUUGGUAUAUAUGGGAGAAUCAAGUGCAAAUGCAAAUUUGAUGAAAGCAAGACAAUCAAUUCGAACCCUCGAGAAAGCUUGUAAUUUCUAUAACCUCAGACGUUUGUGCUUUUUUCGAAGGAAGCGAUUGCCAAUCUGCCAUUGAUAUUGUUAGUGAGUGCCACACUGUCCUCUCAAAUAUCAAGGAAGCUCUCUGGAAAAGUAGGAAAAAAGGUAAUGAAAAGAAAAAAAAUAUAUUUUCAGGUAAUUUUCAAAUGGAAGCGAUGUUCGUGGACAAAAUUUGAAGCUGAUAACCGAAUAGCAAUUUAAUUACCCUUAAAUAGCUGGUCUCAAACGCCAACAAGCCGGAGCUAAGCAGUUUGCGCAGCUGGAUCUGACUACGACACAAAGUGAAUCGAUUUAAAAUCCAAAAAACGUUCUCUCUCUGAAUUCAGCUGCAAUUUUUUCAAAAACGUUAACGUUACGCACUAAUAGUGUCACAUCGUAGUUUUAUUUGAGCUUUUUUUAUUGUUACCGAGAUCACAUUGACUAGUAUUUCUUUUUACUUAAUUUCUAUUGCUCCGGAGAAGUGUUCUCUUGCAGCCAAAAGCAACUAAACCCAGCUCAGCAAAGCUUAGGUGAUUAUUUUCCAUAUAAGGUUAUUCGGUAUAUAAGCUGGUGACCAGCACCGAGUUAAGCAAUCAGAAAACUGGAAAUAUAAUAUUCAAAAGCGACAAUUUCAUGAUAUAUAUAUCAGCUAUCUGUUGAAGCUCCUCAUCCUGUUUCAGUGGUCCUUCAUUGUGGCUGCUCUGACCGUGACUGGAUCAUGUUUGUGGUUUCUGUGUAUUAACCAGUCAUCGAGAGUGUUCACUUACCCAGCCGUCGUUCUACUGGGGUUUGGGUCCUCCGCCAUGUUUGUUAAUGCACUUGGCUUUGCAACAGAACUCAUUGGAGACAACAAAGUAAGUUGAAGAACUCUUUAUUUUGGCUUUGAUCUAAAUUUUCAUAAAACUAGUGAUAACUAUACAAAUCCAAUUGUGCUUUAAUACUAGGAUUGUAAGAUCACGCUACGAAUAGUAUAGUUAUUAAAGAUUUUUUACCUUUCUUUUUGUUUCAUAUCAAACUCUUUCCCCAGUGCGACGAACAUUUGUUUUUCUCGGUUCCAGGUGUACGCAACCACUAACCCCACGUAAUGCGCAUGCUCUCUGUUACGAAUUUUCAAAAUGGCGGACAGGUCAAAGAGGGAAAUUAAAAAAACAAAGCGAUUUUGCAAUGAAUUCUCAACAUACACCCUCGUUAGAAAGGCGAAUCCAUGGAAAAAAGAUACAAAACUGUAUGAUAUUGAGAUCGAUAUGAUAUUAAAUCGAUACCGAGGGCCCGUUUAAUUGCCUUCCGCCAUGAUUAUUAGCUUUCUUGACAGCUUUCUGAAGACAGAAUACUUUCUUUCUAAAGACUUCUGAUAUGCGGCUAUUGAUUAUUACACCUCGUAUACCUGAUUGCUCAAACACUUUGUUUACGAUUGUUGAAAGGAUCGACUCAUGGUUCUGCGUCUUCGUCUUGACAUUGCUUUGAAAUAGUAUAGACUAGUAAGCUGAAACGAAAAAUUAAUCAGGGAAGUUUACGAAAAAUCCAGCAAACAAGCUUUAAAAAGGCAUUUAUUUAGACUUCAUACUUCAACGAACUUCACAAAUCUUACUUGUUUAUCUUGUAAGUAAACAAUGGCAGAUUAAUUCCCGAAGCGCUUUCUGAGUUUCCCGAUCCCUCUCCUACUAUUUUCACGCUUACAAAACAGGAAAAUCAAAAGGAGGAAGAUACAGCUGUUUUGAAACGCCAUUUGACGAAGGCAAAUCUACUUUUUGUUCGACACUUUACAUAUCAAAACAAAGGAAAUUUAUUCCUCUUUUUUAUUCUGGCGGUACAUUUUUAAUUUGCACCUGCGUAAAAGAGAUAUUGACCGAGACCCUUCGCUCGGUCGUGUUUUGAUCAAAAACGCCUUGUUAAUUUCACGCAACCGCUCGGAGAAAAGGUAAAAAUGACUGAGGGAAAAAACUUUACCUUCAAGUUAGAAAAUUAGCGAAAUAGAAAGCCACAGUAUUAUAGUUUAAUAUUUCAGAGGUACAUUGAGUGCUUUUUCCGUAGAGAAUCCGCACGAUGAUAAAACAUUCGAAAAUGACACUCGAUUUGAGUGGGGUGUUGAAGUGGGCGUGGUCACUACAUUCAUGUUAAGACUAUUUGUACCCCAUGAGUUUGAAAUGAAACUAAUCCUUUUUAUUGGAUCAAUUUUUUUGCAGGGCAGCUCUGGUUUUGUGAUUUCUGUCGUAGGUACCACCUCCAAUCUGACCUCAGGGACUCUUUAUGUUGUCAUACAAGUUUUAUUUCCUAGAGGAAGGUAAAUUUGGAUUUUUUUGCUUUGAGAAAAGAAUUAUUUUUAUCCCUGUAAAAUAUGAAGGGAUUUUUAAAACAAAAUGUGACAUCCCAGCCUGUUAAUUUUUGUUUUCUUCGUUGUUCUUUGUCCUUCCUUAGUUUCUUUCUUCGUCCAUUUUCUAUCGCGUUUCUAAUUUUUUUUCGGUGUUAUACAUGUUCUUCUUGACUCUUUGUUCUUCUUGUUAUUCAACGCUGCUGCUAUAAGUCUCUUCUGUUGUUCCUCCUUAGUCCCUACCAGGCUCCUUCCUCCAUCCUGUUCAACAAUAAAUUCCACCAGCAUCUUAUGGUGCAUAGGAUGCGUUCCAGGAGCAUUAAAAUCAAUGGGAUUUUCUCGCGAAACGAAAGGAGACGACAAAGCCUCAAGAUAAAUUUUGAGUAAAAGAGGAUGGAAUUUUCAUUAGAAAAAAUAAUUACACCCAAGGGCUAUUCAGGAGAAUUACUAAAGCAAAAUAGAUUUUCAAGAUGAUAAAAUAGCUUUUAUAAAACUCAGGUAAUCGAUGUCAAUACAGUUAUUAGAGUUAUUCUCUUUAGAAAUAUUUUCCAAAGCGUAAACAUUUCGAGUGCUUCGUUCUUUCUCCUAGUGCAUCUGCCGAUUGCCAAGAGUGUGGGAGUUACGUACAAAAUGUGUUCUCAUUCGUGCCCAGCUCACUCGCUACUUUUAGCUUGCUGCUUGUAAUGAUUUUUCAAGUUCACCUGACAGUCUGCGGGAAAGAAGGUAAGAUGCAGCUUUUUGGGUGA